AAGCAUCAUGUCGUCAUGGAUCCAAAUUCCAUGAUUCUAACCUUUCUGUGGACACAUAAAAUAGAUAUUUAUUUAUUUAUAUCAAAUUAUUCUUUUUUCUACAAAAUAACUGUAAAAAUACAUCUCCCGAGUUAUAUAUAUUUAAUUGCAAAUAAUUUUAUCGAAGAAAAAACAAAAUAUGAAAGAAAGAUAAUUGAUUUAAUAAUGUAUCGAUGUGUAAAUUGUGGUGCUGAAAUAGAAGAACUUUACAGAAGAUAUUCUACAAAUGUUUUAAAACUUUUAAAAUGUGAAAUAUGUGGCUUUUUGGCUGAUAAAUAUAUUGAAUACGAUUCAGUGAUAAUUUUAGUUGAUUUAAUAUUACUUAAAAGACAAGCAUACAGACAUUUGCUUUAUAAUUGCGAAAUAAAACAUUGUUGGAAACUAGCAAUAAUUCUGUGGCUUAUUGAAUCUUUUCGAAAUUUUUUUUUAUGUAACAAUAAUAAUGAAUAUAUUCAAUAUUGGAAAACAUUUCAACCUAAUUUUAAUCAAAAUUGUAAUCUCUAUUUAAUAAUAUUCAGUACCGUUUUUGCGCUCAUUAGUUUUGUUUUUACUGUUAUUUUUUUGACCAAAUUUAAAUGGUAUUUUUAUCCAAACAAUCCAAACACAUGUAGUAUAAUACAUCUUAUGAAAGCUUUAGUAAUUGGUGGUUCUGGAAUAUUGUUAGGGCUAUUAGAAAUUACUUGGGGACAUAUUUUUCUGACACCUCAUUACUUACUUAUAUUGGGAUAUAUUAUUCUUUGUUUACUCACAGCUUAUUCAGUGAUUACUAAUAAUGAAAAACUGGAAUCCUUAAUCAUCUUGGGAAUUGGCAUGGUAGUCUAUAAGUGUACAUCUAACUAUUCCUUUACUAUAUUUAAAGUUUUAGAAUUAGUUUAAUUAUUUAUUUUCAAUUUUAAUUUGACUUUAUAAUCUUACUUUCACAUAACAUUAAACUAAAUUAAAUAAAUAUAUUUAUAAUG